GCUAAUCAUUAGUGUCAAGACUGUCAAGUGUCACCAUAAAGUUGUUUAUAACCAAACAAAAUAAUUAACAAUAUUUAUAACCAGCAAAUCAGUCAGUUACGAUUUUUAUUUGUAACAGCGUAAUUAAUGAUGAGUUAUUUUGGUUAAGCUUAAUUUAUACGUAACAGUAAAAUGUCAGACGAUGAGGUUAUAAAGUUUGAGAUCACAGACUACGAUUUGGAUAAUGAAUUCAACCCCGGCCGUGGAAGAAAAGCUAACAAGGAACAACAAAUAUACGGUGUAUGGGCCAAAGACAGUGAUGAUGAUGAAAAUGAAGAUAAUGUUAGACAGAGAAUACGUAAACCUAAAGAUUUUUCUGCACCAAUUGGUUUCGUGGCGGGUGGAGUUCAACAGGCUGGCAAAAAAAAAGACAAGACUAAAGAAAUAAAACCAGCUGAAGCGUCUACUUCUGCUCCUAAGUACUCAGACAGUUCUGAUGAGGAACCAGAGGUUCCAGUAGCGAGUGACACGGCGGGAAUCAGGAGACAGGGACAGGGAAUGCGUCCACCAUCAUUAGGUGGAAAUGUGGGAAAUUGGGAAAAACAUACUAAAGGAAUCGGAGCAAAAUUGUUGUUGCAGAUGGGAUACCAACCGGGUAAAGGUUUGGGUAAAGAUUUGCAAGGUAUCUCAGCGCCGGUCGAGGCUACGCUGCGCAAAGGCAGAGGUGCGAUCGGAGCUUACGGACCAGAAAAGGCAACGAUAAAAGCCAAAAAAGAAGAGGAACGUCGCAUCAAAGAUAAAGAAGAUCAGGAUAAAGAUAAAACCGAAAAGAAUUACAACUGGAAGAAAUCGCACAAGGGUCGUUAUUUUUACAGAGAUGCCGCUGACGUCAUUCAGGAGGGUAAACCGACAACGUAUACCAUAGCAAGUAACGAGUUGUCCCGCGUGCCCGUGAUCGACAUGACCGGCAAGGAGAAGCGCGUGCUGAGCGGCUACCACGCGCUGCGGGCGCAGGCGCCGCGCUACGAGCACGAGCCCAGGAGGAAGUGCCAGAACUUCUCCGCGCCGCAGCUGGUCCACAACCUCGAGGUCAUGGUCGAGUGCUGCGAACAGGAUAUCAUCCAAAACGCCCGUGAACUGCAACAAGCUGAAGACGAGAUAGUGGUCCUCGAGAGGGACAUCGACGAAUGCGACCAGCAGCUGAAGGAGCACGACGAGGUGAUAGGCAAGGUCCAGGCGAUCCUCGAGAAGGUUGAGGAACUCAACAAGCCGGACGUCUCACUCGAGAAGGCCCAUCAGGUGCUGGCCAGCUUGAAGGAAACGUACCCAGCGGAAUACGAGAUGCUCGGUCUCGGCACGAUAGCCGGCAACAUCGUGAGUCCUCUGCUGAGCGCGCUUUUGGCCACCUGGAGUCCUCUGGAGAACCCCGAGGAGCCUUUGCCGGUGUUCGUCAAGUGGAAGCAGGUCCUCACCGAAGAGGCGUUCAACAGUUUGUUGUGGCAACACUACGUGCCGCACAUCAGCAAUGCCGUUGAGUCAUGGAAUCCUCGCACGCCGGAGCCAAUGGUCCAGGCUCUAACGUCGUGGCGCGCCGUGUGCCCGGCCUGGCUGCUGAGCUCUUGCGCCAGCCGGUACGUGGUGUCCCGCGUGCUGGCUGCCGUCAGGGUGUGGGACCCCACCAGGGACACCCAGCCCGUGCACCAGUGGGUGCUGCCGUGGCACGAACUGGCCGGUGAGAGUCUAUCGCAGGCGGUCUACCCCCUGAUCCGGUCUCGUCUGUCGUCGGCGCUGUCCGCGUGGCACCCCGCGGACGGCUCGGCUCGCGGAGUCCUGCGCCCGUGGAAGGAGGCCUGGGGCGGAGCCCUGGUCGCCCUGUUGCAUCGGCACGUGCUCCCGAAACUGGAGCACUGUCUCAUGCACGCGCCGCUCGAUCUUGUCGGCGGAGAGAAUAGUACGUCGGCGUGGCAGUGGUGCGUGGAGUGGCGCGAGGUGGCGGGCGCGGCGGCGCUGGGCGCGCUGGCGGGGCGCACGCUGCUGGCGCGCUGGCUGGCGGCGCUGGCGGCCUGGCUCAACACCAACCCGCCGCACGCGACCGUCAUCAACUCCUACACCGAAUUCAAGAAAAUGUUUCCCGAAGACAUACUCAAGGAGCCGGCGGUCCGCGACGCUUUCCGGAAAGCCCUCGACAUGAUGAACCGUAGCGCCGAUAUCGACACCAUAGAUCCGCCUCCUCCGCCAAGGUUCACCGUCAUCACGGAGACCAAAGAAACGCCUAGAAUUGUCGAUGUAUUAGCUUCGGCAACGCAACAGAAGAGUUUCUCCGAGUUGUUGGAGACCAGGUGCAUUGAAAACGGUAUAACUUUUGUACCGAUUGCAGGGAAAACGAGGGAAGGUCGCCCCCUAUAUAAAAUAGGUGCGCUACAGUGCUACGUUAUAAGGAACGUGAUAAUGUAUUCCGACGAUAACGGAAGGAAUUUUGCGCCAAUCGCCAUCGAUAAGUUGCUCAAAUUGGUCGAGGAUUAGUUAUUUCGAUUUAUCAAUAUCAAGACUUUUCUGUGUUUAAUGAGAGUUUUUUAACGUUCUCGAUAGCGUAAAAGUUAACGCAAAUUUGUAUGGAGUCGGAACGUUUGCUUACGUUUGCCGCUAGGGGCGCUGUUACAACUCCAUACAAAUUUGAGUUAACUUUUUAGCCGACUUCAAAAAAAGAGGAGGUUCUCAAUUCGUCUGUAUUUUCUUUAUGUUUGUUACCUCAUAACUUUUGACUGGGUGAAUCGAUUUUGAUGAUUCUUUUUUUAUUAGAAAGCUGACGCUUACCUUGUGGUCCCAUUUUUAUCCAAUUUAGUCCAGUUCUGAUAAUGGUAUCCAUGAGACGACAAAUAGAUGAAUAACUCAAUAUCACGCCAACCGAUUUCGAUGAUUAUUGUUUUUAGUGUAUAUUAAUUUGUUUUGGAAUAUCUAUUUUUUUUCUAUUUGAAGUCGGUUUUUGUUAAAGCAUGUCUAUUUACUUAAACGCUAUCGAGAACGUUAAAAACUCGCACUAAGCACACAGUUUCCUCGGAAGUUCUGAUCGAAAGACCUACCUUGCACGUUUUAAGCGAACGGCCCAAGUUAUUGUCAUUGUCGAUCGGUGAUUUAAUACAAGAUUUAAUUGCAAGCCGAUCAAAUACUGUUGUUUUUUUUUUUCGUAUUGUUAUAUAGGUUUUGCGAAAAAACAGUUUCGUAAAAUAACAAGGAAAUGAAAGACAGUUGUAAAAAAUAAAUUUAUAUAUUUUGUGAAGCUAUAAAA